AUGAGGACAUCUCUGCACUUUUUAAAUAGAGAGGGAAGAGCAUGCUCUAAGACAGAUUGUGACAGUUGCUCGUCCAUUCAAGGAGAUGCAGGUCUCUCUACUGAGAAAAUCCAGCUUCUGCAGAAAGAGGAGAAAGAAGAACCUCAGCUGAGUAUCCUGAGUCCUGGCGGCCAAGCACUGAUAAAUGAGAGCUCAUUGCUUCAAGCUUCGGCUGUCCUGUGGUUACAGACUCAACCCAUGACAGACCCCGAAUGGAGAAACCAAACAACCAUCACAGAAUUUAUCCUCCUGGGAUUCGGGGAUCUCUUUGACCUGCAAAUUCUUCUUUUUCUAAUGUUCCUAGUGAUCUAUAUUGCAACCACAGUUGGGAACACUCUCAUUGUGGUGCUUGUUGUGACAGAUCAGCACCUUCACACCCCCAUGUAUUUCUUCCUGGGGAACUUGUCCUACUUGGAGACCUGCUACACCUCGACCUUCCUGCUCAGGUUACUGGCCAGUCUGCUGACUGGGGAUAGAACCAUCUCAUUCAGUGGCUGCAUCACACACUAUUUUUUUGGUUUUCUGGCAGGUACGGAAUACUAUCUCCUAGCAGCAAUGUCUUACGAUCGGUAUUUAGCAAUAUGUAAACCCCUGCACUAUUCAACUCUUAUGAAUAACAGGUUUUGCCUCCAGCUGGCUGCUGGAGCAUGGUUAAAUGGUUGCUUGGCUACUACCAUCUUUAUAUCAUUCAUGUCACCAUUAAUAUUCUGUGGCCCGAAUGAAAUUGACCACUUUUAUUGUGACCCCAUCCCAUUAAUAAAACUCUCCUGCAGUGACACACACCUGCCAGAAAAUGGAAAUCAAACGUCCAUCACAGAAUUCAUCCUCCUGGGAUUUGGGACUCUCCCUGAAGUGCAAAUCCUUCUUUUCCUGCUGUUUCUAGUGAUCUACAUUGCAACCAUGGCCGGGAACAUCCUCAUCGUGGCACUAGUUGUGACUGAUCAGCACCUUCACACCCCCAUGUACUUCUUUGGUAUAGAAAUACAGUCAGGAAAUGGUGCUCACUGUAACCACAGCGACAGCCCAAGGGAUGAACUCUUAUUUCUCAGGGUUCAGCGCAGGAUUCAGGAUCCUCAGCUGAGGUUCUUGUCUCUCCUCUUUCUGCAGAAACUGGAUUUUGUCAGUGAAGAGACCUGCAGUUACUGA